AUGAAAUCACAUCUAUCCGUCGAAGCGCCUUCCUCGACUGCUACAGAAUUCGUGGUCUCAAGCAGGCGGCCUUCCUCCGGCGUGCUUGCCAUUAUUGGCUAUGCUGUCCGCGUCACAGUGUGCUACCACGCGUUGCUCGUAGUAAUCCUGAGGCUUCGAUCCACUGGCCAUCUCACAAACGAUAAUGUCUACCUCGAAUUGUUCUUACGAGUCACAGUAAUUGAUGGCAUCCUCGCAGCAAUUGCCGCAAAAGCGGAAUGGUGGAUGUUGGCGGUCAGCAUCGCCUUGACCUUCUGGCUCUGCCUUCGUCGCCCAUACAAGGAAGAGUCGCUGCUCGUUCUGCAAGGCAUGGGUAUUCAGACGUCGACAAGCUCGCCGUACUUCUUCGUUGGGCCAACCACGACCUUCAUCUCAACUACCAGGAUUCAAGAUAUUGUCAUCCAUGAGGCCUUCAAGGGAUUCGAGGUCAAGUUCUACCUCGCCAUCAUCGUCGAGGGAGCCUCAGAGGUGGUCGUUGUAUUCCCAAGUCUGCUUCCACGUCUAGAUGUACUGCAGAAGGUUUGGCGUGGUGCAAGAGCAUGCUUGUAUGCUCACGCGACCAAACCUGGGUGA